GACUUCCGGCCUUUUGGUUUUCGGCUCGGAGGAGGCCGCGGUGCAACUUUCUUCGGUCGUCCCGAAUCCGGGUUCAUCCGACACCAGGCGCCUCCACCAUGCCACCCAAGUUCGACCCCAACGAGAUUAAAGUCGUGUACCUGCGGUGCACCGGCGGCGAGGUGGGUGCCACGUCCGCCUUGGCCCCCAAGAUCGGCCCCCUGGGUCUGUCUCCAAAGAAGGUGGGAGAUGACAUUGCCAAGGCCACCGGGGACUGGAAGGGCCUGCGGAUCACGGUGAAGCUGACCAUCCAGAACCGACAAGCGCAGAUCGAGGUGGUGCCGUCGGCCUCUGCCCUGAUCAUCAAGGCCCUCAAGGAGCCGCCCAGGGACCGCAAGAAGCAGAAGAACAUCAAACACAGUGGGAACAUCACAUUUGAUGAAAUUGUCAACAUCGCCCGGCAGAUGCGCCACCGAUCCUUAGCCAGAGAACUUUCUGGAACCAUCAAAGAGAUUCUGGGGACUGCCCAGUCAGUGGGCUGCAAUGUGGAUGGCCGCCACCCGCACGACAUCAUAGAGGACAUCAACAGUGGUGCAGUGGAAUGCCCAGCUAGCUAAGAAGAGAAAAUGUUUCAAUAAAGGAUCAUCUGGCAACCA